GACAUAUCUUAGUUUAUAAGAUUAAAUUAAAUCUAGCAUAGUACAUCAGGAAUCUAGAGUUUCAAGACAUUCUAAGUUACCCGAGGUGGAGAUCUGAAGAACACAUUUAUAUUAAUUGGAAAUUAUCGAAAGAAACAGCCUCUUAAAAAUGAAUUAAGAAAAUUUCCAUAGCAUUGUGGAAACUUCAUUCCAGUCAUAAAGGGAGAGAGAUUGUGAACAAACAAAAAGCAACAUAACAAACAGUAAAAUCAAGAAGACCAAAUUACGGAAGUCAAAUGCAUAAUAUAAACACGCAAUUUCUUGCUAAAAGAUGAAGUCACUGAGUUAGGCUUAGAAAAUUAAUAACAUAAAAUACUCAAGAGGAGUGUACAUGUUUUGGUAUACUCCCAUAAUUCUAAAUUUUUAAUAAUAUGCCUGAAACUUUAUUUAGCCAAAAGCCUGAGCGGUCUACAAGUACUCCGCCAAAAACGACACUGAGUGGCAGUACGUUUAAUCAACGUCGCGAGGAAAUUUACAGAAAUCUACAGGAAAGUAUUAAAAUAUGCAGUGAUAACUAUGCAAAUCGUAAGGAGCUAGCAAGCGAAAGCAAUCAGUCCGUUGCGAAUUUGUGCAAUGCUUUGGAAGAUGCCUUUAAUUACGGCUUGAAACAGCAACAAUCAUCGGCUGUUGCCUCAGCCACAGCUCUUUUGCAAAAUAUGCACGAAAUCGUUACAGGUAUAUGUUCUUCCUCAAAUGAUGUAAGCUUUUGGGAUUUUUGUCAAGAGUACUUAACUGCUCACGAACGGGAGCGCUAUAUAAAUUUAACAAAUAUUUCGACAAAAUGUGGACGCGGUAGAGCUUUUAUACGUGCCACUUUAAAUGAAAACUCUUUGGAAAGGUAUUUGCUUACUUGGUUAAGCGAUUCUGAAUUUCUUCAACGGUAUUAUUCACCUUGGUCGCUGCUACUUGAUGAAGAUGCUAGCAAGGAACUACCCAAAAUGAUAAACAGCCUUAAUACAAUUUUAUUUGCAAUAAGAAUUGAUACGACUGAAUUGAAUGCUCCUACACGUACUACAACUACGACAAUAGUUAGAAAAGAACCUGUUAUACAUGCUCCCACACCAGUGCCUAUUACAAACACAAAACGUAAAACUAAUGUAGUUGAACGACCGAUUGUAGCUGCAAAUUCGACAGAAGACUUACUAAAAGCUGUUGAUACAGCUGUUUUACAAAUUGAAAUCCAUAACGAUUUCGUACCCGAUGUUGAUGAAAUUCCAACGCCGCCUGCAGACAAUAUUGAACCCUAUCUCGAAUUCUUAAAACAACCAUUGACACCAGAUCAUGAACAUGAGAUUGAGGAUAAAAGUGAUACUUCGUCAGAAUAUAGUAAAUCAUCGUCAGCCAAUUGUGAUGCCAACCAGCUUGCAUUGGAAGAAAAAUUACGCGAAAUGAGUGAACGUUGCUUUUUACUUGAAACUCGUGUAGCUAAGUUAAGUCUCGAAAAUCGUCAUCUUACACGACGCCUUACACAACAAUUUAAAGAAUCCGGUAUUGAUCCGUCAUCCUCGUUAGCUAGUAAUUUUCUCAUAACCAUUCCCCAAGCAAAAUUAUUUAAAUCUAAACAUGGCUCAUCAUAUUAUGCUUACGAUGUACAUAUAACAAUGCGUCGACCGUGUGAACACUGGUCUAUGUGGCGUCGUUAUAGAGAUUUUGACAAGCUACACAAGUCCUUGCUUUGUACUCAUCCGUCAGUGCGCGCUGUUGAGUUUCCACCAAAAAAACAUUUCGGCAAUAAAAAUCUUGUUUUUGUUGAGGAAAGAAGGCAACAAUUGCAGAUUUAUUUACUUAAUUUAGUUGAAACGCUGCCGCAAGUUGAAGCUUGCAAAACAAAAGCUGAAUUGCAAAAGAUCUUUCCGUUCCUGCGCGAAAGGUAAUGGUGCUCUUCUGGCUGUGAAGCUAUUUGUUUUUGAAUGUAUAGUUAGUUUGAGUUUGCAAACAAAAAUGCAACUCUAUUGUUUUGUUGUUAAUACAAAUUUUAUGUUUUUUGAAUUCAUUUAUAAUUGUUGUACCAUAAACCAUAAACCGAUAUAAUAAAAAAUGUUUUUACA